AUGACAAAAACGACUAUAAUUUCUGCUUCCAAUAAUGACCAUGACGAACUUAUUCAUACAAAAACUUUAUUUCGACGUUAUUCCAAAGGUCCUAUUAUGUUCAAUGGAUGCUCACCAUCUGGUGAUGUUAUUAUUAUUGAAAAUAUUAGUUCAAAAAAACAAUAUGAUUUAGCUGGAUGGCAUAUUGAACGACAAACAGAUACACAUCCAAUGCUUCGAUAUAUAAUUAAAAAUCAAUUUAUUGUUCCACCAUUAACAACAAUUGAAUUAUGGUCAAGUAUAGCAACACCAAUUCCAAUAUCACCUGAAACACAAGAACAACAACAACAAUCAUUUGUUAGUGUAAAAACGAAAAUAUUAACAUGGAAUAAUGCACGACAAUGGAGUGUUACGAGACUUUUUGAUCAUACAGGUCGUGAAAGGGCGAUUUUCUCACAUCGAACAUUACCAUCAUCUGAUAAAGUGAAAAAACAAUAA